AUGAAGAAGAUGUAUGCAAUUCCUAGCUUGCGGUCGAUGUUUCGCAUUCCUGCAGCCCAUUUUUCAGCUGGGCUUGCGCAGAAGAAGAGACGAAUUGCGUCAGAGAUUUUGAGGGACAAGACCAAAUGGAAUCUCCUGCUCACCAAGCCCGACGACCUUUCGAAGCUGAUGCAGGGGCCGGGACGUGCCGAGACAGUUUGGAAGAAACUCAGACAGGGAAUCGAAGAGAUUCAUGAUAUUCAAGUGAACCCAAUCAUUGUAGAAGCUCUGUGCAAGAAAUGUUAUAUUCCAUCGAUAGAUGUCAAGAAAGUCACGUUGUCAUCAUGUGGGACAAGAAAGCUUCUAAUUGCUCUAGAAGACGGUCAGUCCGUAGAGACUGUUCUCAUCCCCUCCCCAGAGCACCUCGAAUCGGGUAAGAGCAGGACGACCAUCUGCGUGUCCAGUCAAGUUGGCUGUGCUCGAGGAUGCGUCUUCUGCGCCACUGGCAGACUCGGACUCCGAGGCCAGCUCGAGGCCGACGAGAUUCUCAUGCAGGUGUUCCAUGGGCUGCGGGUGAUUCGGGAGGAGAAUCUUCCUGCGAAAGUGUCGAUAGUCUUCAUGGGGAUGGGGGAGCCUCUGAACAACUUCAAGGAGGUGCAGCGAGCGAUCGAGAUGCUCACCUUGCAGGACGCCUUCCGCAUCCACCCCAACGCUGUCACCAUCUCCACUGUUGGGCCCAACCCCGAUGCCAUCAGGAAGCUCGCCCAGUGCCCCACGAGAAUCGCCUGGUCCCUGCACGCAGCUGACGACGAAGUCAGGAAGCGACUAGUGCCGACCCACACGCACACUGCUGUUGCUUUGCGAGAUGCAUUCAUGGAGGUGAUCUUAGCGAGAGACAAGAAGCUGAUGCCUCUCAUCGAGAUAACGCUGGUGGAUGGGAUUAACGAUAGCGAGAAACAUGCAAGGGACCUCGUCGAGUUUUUCAAGCCCUGGCGAGAGCUCGGAAUCAAGAUUAAGAUCAACCUCCUCCCUUGCAACAGCAUAGGGGACCCCGAACUUCGUCCUUCCCAUCCAGAGACAACCUUGAAGUUCCGCAACCUCCUUGUGCAGGAGGGCUGCGUCGCCAUCAUCCGAAGGGCGCGGGGGGACGCAGACGGAUCUGCGUGUGGGCAACUAUCAGCAGAGAUGACGCCUCUCCCCAAGCAAGGGAAAGAGGGAAGGGAGGAAGAGAGAAGCGGCGGGACGGCAGACGUGAAGGUCGAGAUCGACUAA